CUGAGUGACACACAAGCUCGGUGAAAAGUUAGCGUGGAUAAUGGCUUCUAUGCUUCUUGGCUCUUUCUCUUUAGCUUCUUCCCUCACCGCUGGUAUCAUGGGGAAGAAUUUGUGGCGCGAGCUCAAACAUCGCUACAAUGUCACAGAACUCGAGGUCCCCGAGCCUCAAGAGGAGGAUGUUCCCCCUCUAAAGGUCAUCCGAAAGAGGAAAAGGGGAGCGAAGGAGGUCGGGGGGACCUCUGACCCUGCGGACGCCGAGGAGGUGACCUCCACGGCCGCUGAUGCGAGUGCGGUGGACCUUACUGAGAGUCCACCUCCCAAGGAGGCCCCUCAGGUGGCUUUUGAGGAGGUGGUUCGGGCUGCCAAGGUGGCUAUUCCGGCCACUGAGCAGGUCACCCAGGCUUCCGAGGUGGAGGGAGAUACCACUGAGGCGGCAACGGAGGUUGCUGGGCGGGUCGUCCCAGCUGCCGAGGUGGCGGUUCCGGCCACCGAGCAGGUUGCUCCUACUGCUGAGGCGAGGUCGGAGGUUCCCUCGUCCCCCGCUGCGGCUUCGGCACCGCCGUCUGGCUCGUCACAGGGGGUUUCCCGGAGCUGAUACUUGGCCCAUCGCUUCGGGGGGGCCCUCUCAAAGGUGCGGCUCGACCAUGUGAGCGCUUCGGCCGACCUGGACUCCCUGUGGAGCGCGGGGGUGACCGCUGAGAAGUUCUUCCCUUAGGGUUCGUUGAGCUCCGAGGACCAGGGGCUGAUAGAGGAGGUCGGCCCCGAAGAUAGUUUCGAUGCUGCUUAGGUCCUGCUGUAGAGAGCUGUGGGCAUCCUAGGCCACUGGAAGCCGAGGUGGGGCAAGCAGCAGGGGGACCUGGCCAAGACGCAAGAGGAGCUGGCUAAGCUGAGGGGCGGACUUCAACCCUGGAAGGAUGCGAAUAAGAUCCUGAGGGAGGAGAACAAGGAUCUCAGUGUUGCUGUAGGUGAGGCGAGGCGGCAGGAGGUGGAGCUUCGGUCUGCGCGGAGCGAUCUUACAAGGGUGCAGAAGUCUCUUGAGAUCGCUUUACGAUCCAACGAGGCUUAUGCUUCCCAAGUGGGGGAGUUGCAAGAGCUCGUCGCCUUCUCUCGGGGUCGCGCUCGCUCUUUGGAGGAUGAGGUGACGUCUUCUCGCAACCAAGUGCGGGCUUUGGAGGACGUUGUGACCUCUCUUAAGGGGGAGUUGGCGGCGGCGGCUGAGGAGCGCCUCCGUCGCGAGGUCAUUCUUGGUGGCCGUGAGGAUGAGAUUGCCACCUUGAAGGCGGAGCUCGCGGAGCUAGCGGCGGGGAAAGCGGCCACGAAGAAGAGGCUCGCGGAGGUCGAACGCUCCAUUGUGAUGGAGCACAAGAGGGGCUUUCAAAAGGCUACUCGUCAGGCACGUCUCCUGGCUCCCGGGUUCGACUUCUCCUCCUUGCAUGUGGAAAAGGUCGUCCGCUUUGGGAGGCUGGUCCAGGAGGAUGAUGUCGAUGACAGUUCGAGUGGAAAUGCCUCAGCCUAGGCCAUUCUUGUUUUCUUUUUUGCUUUAUGUUUUCCUUUUCUUGACUUGAUGUAUUGAACCUUGGAAACUUUGCUUCUAUGGAUGUAUGUGUUUUUCUUCAUCUGCGACUUCGUCUGAUUUUCGAUACUUGCGUGCUUUGAGACAUAUGUUUGAUGUCCCUCGGUCUAAGUUUGAGUGACCCAUUGAGAGUUCGCACUCGUCGUUAGAUUAAUAUGUUAGGUUUGUAUCCGAUCAUAGGUGGGGGUUUUGGGGGUGGAACUCGACCUCAACUUUGAGGGAAAACGAUUGAGUUGCGCUUGUGCUCGAUUUCCGUUGUGUAUGCAUUCUGAUGUUUGUUUUCUGAAACUUUCAUGAGGGUGCGGAUUUGACCUUGGUAGUGCGAGGUUCGAACUCGACUUUAGAUUUUCGUGAAGGUUCAAGUUUGACCUCCAAUUUGAAACGAUUGAGCUGAGGUGCGUACUCGACCUAAAUUUUGAGUGAAAUGAUUUGAUUAAGGUUCGAACUCGACCGUUAACGAGAGUGCCGAAAUUCGUAUUCGACCUCGGAUUAUGUGGUUCGGAUUCGACUUUAGAUUUUAAUGAAGGUUCAGACUUGACCUUAAUAAACCGAGGUUCGAAUUUGACCUUAGAUUUUAAUGAAGGUUCAGACUUGGCCUUAAUAAAUCGAGGUUCGAAUUCGACCUUAGAUUUUCGUGAAGGUUCAUACUUGACCUUAAUAAACCGAGGUUCGAAUUCGACCGUAGAUUUUAAUGAAGGUUCGGACUUGACCUUAAUAAGCCGAGGUUCGAAUUCGACCAUAGAUUUUAAUGAAGGUUCAAACUUGACCUUAAUAAGCCGAGGUUCGAAUUCGACCUUUAGAUUUUCGUGAAGGUUUAUACUUGACCUUAAUAAACCGAGGUUCGAAUUCGACUGUAGAUUUUAAUGAAGGUU